AUGAGCCUCUGCUCCUCGAAGUUGAGCCGGAUAGUGAUGUUGAAGAUAGCAAAGCAAAUGCCCAAAUACAAAGUGUGCCCGAUGACGUGGAAUUGUCCUGUGGCUGCCAUUACCAUUGAGUCCUACACUCUCACAGAAUGUCCGAACUGCGCCAAAAACAUAUCCCUUCUUUCUUCCGAUGGGUCGCAACAGGUAUUGGUUACUCUCCGAAACGAGGGCGGUGUUCAAGAGCGUUAUGAUAUCCUUCCGGCAGCCACAGAAGAAGCCUACCUGCGCGCAUAUCCUGAAGAGCGGAAAGGACAUGCUUAUUUGGAAUUCUGCCGGGAAGGCGACAUCGAUGCCAUUAUUCACAUGAUAAAGGACUCCGACGAAGACGAUGAACAAGACGACAGGAAUACGGGUGAUAUAUUGCGAUAUCGGGGCACGUUCGAGGGCAUCGAGGGCUCGGGUUUACACGUCGCCAUCCGAUAUAAUCAACAAGAGGUGGCAUGGUUACUGCUGGCUCUCGGGUCUCAACUCGACUGGGCCAAAUUCCCCUCAGUUGUUCUCCAAGCCAUGGAAGGCUUAGGACUGCGCCCCGAAGACAGGAAGGGUGAGCCAGACAUUAGGACUCUGAUCGACAGUGAAGGGCGAACACCCGCCGCAUUGGCACGAGAGCUCAAAGGCGUGUGGACAGAAUGGCUGAAGGAGGACCGACUGAAUCCUUGA